UUUUCCUCAUUCCUCAGGCAGGCUUAGAAGACGCCAAUGUCACCUUUAACUGUCACUGAGGCAGCGCCGAACGCUGAACCCAGGUCUCCAAAGGUUUAAGAGCUAUUUGUUCACCAGCUUACUAGACAUAAACAUGAAUAACUCAACGAACGUAAGCUCUUUGGAGGACAUGAUGGCCCUUGGAAGUCCUUAUAAAACUGUUGAAGUAGUCUUCAUCGUCAUAGUGGCUGGAUCCCUCAGCUUAGUGACCAUCAUUGGGAACAUCCUGGUUAUGGUAUCUAUUAAAGUCAACCGGCACCUGCAGACAGUCAACAAUUAUUUUCUUUUCAGUUUGGCAUGCGCUGACUUGAUCAUUGGAGUCUUUUCCAUGAAUCUGUACACUCUUUACACUGUGAUUGGCUACUGGCCUUUGGGCCCUGUCGUUUGUGACUUGUGGCUGGCUCUUGACUACGUAGUCAGCAAUGCCUCUGUCAUGAACCUUCUCAUUAUCAGCUUUGACAGAUAUUUUUGUGUCACCAAACCUCUGUCAUACCCUGUCAAGCGGACCACUAAGAUGGCAGGAGUGAUGAUUGCAGUGGCGUGGGUCCUCUCUUUCAUCUUGUGGGCACCCGCGAUUCUCUUUUGGCAGUUCAUUGUAGGGGAAAGGACUGUUCCCGAUGGGGAAUGCUACAUCCAGUUCCUGUCCAAUGCAGCUGUCACCUUUGGCACGGCUAUUGCAGCUUUCUAUCUACCAGUUGGCAUUAUGAGUGUUCUCUAUUGGCAAAUAUCACGGGCCAGUAAGAGCAGGAUUAAAAAAGACAAGAAGGGGGGUGGGCAAAACAAAGAACCAGUUUCUCCAAAUCUGGUCCAAGGUAAAAUAGUGAAACCAAACAAUAACAACAUCCCAACAACUGAAGAUGGGAUAGAACAUAGCAAAAUUCAGAAUGGUAAAGCCACUGGGGAAUCAGUUGUGGAAAAUUGUGUUCCUGCAGAGGAGAAGGAGAGCUCAAACGACUCCACUUCUGUCAGUGCUGUAGCUUCCAACAUGAAAGAGGAUGAAGCCAUCAAAGAUGACACCAGGGCUUCCGUCUCCCAAGUCAAUGCCAAAGUGGAAAACUCCAAACUGACAUGCAUCAGGAUACUCACAAAGUCCCCAAAAGAUGACUGUGAGAGCUCCGCCAACACCACCGUGGAACUUGUAGGCAGUGAUGGCCAGAACGGAGACGAGAAGCAGAACAUUGUUGCCCGGAAGAUUGUCAAGAUGACUAAGCAGCCGGCCAAAAAGAAAACACCUCCUUCCAGAGAGAAAAAAGUGACCAGGACUAUCUUGGCAAUUCUCCUGGCCUUCAUCAUUACCUGGACUCCAUAUAACGUCAUGGUACUCAUCAACAGCUUCUGUGCGUCGUGUAUCCCCAACACAGUAUGGACGAUUGGUUACUGGCUGUGCUACAUCAACAGCACCAUCAAUCCUGCUUGCUAUGCGCUCUGCAACGCUACCUUCAAGAAAACCUUUAAGCACCUCCUUAUGUGUCAUUACAAGAACAUAGGAGCCACAAGGUAAAGACCAUAAUAAGGGGGAAGGAGGUUCCAAGUGUGAUAAAACAAUGCCGUAGCACUUUAUGCUCUCGUGUGACAUCAAGAAGCGUAAAGGAGAUGCUGACCGAGCGUAUGCACUCCAUCUCCAACACCUGCACUUAAAAGUUCACGUCAUCAGGAGGCUAGAAAGGGCUGAUGGGCCACCUGAAGACAGGACCUUGAGGCAACACUCCCUGCUCUCCAAAUAGUAAUCAUGCAGAAGGGCUUUUGACUCCAUUCUUCUCGGGGCACAAUCCCUGGGAAGUUCUCCUGUGCAAGUGGGAAAGGGGAGCAGCACAAGAUCAUUGAUCAAUGAGGCUUGCACAGGAGAACUCUGCAGGCGCUGUGGCCUCUGUCACUUUUUUGGGUAUAACUGUGGC